UAUGUGUACACAAGUAUCUAAUGCUUCGCUACCCAAGUGCUCGGGAUGCGGUGAGCCGAUCAUAGAUCGGUUUAUUCUUAAGGUGCUCGAACGUGCUUGGCACGCUGCCUGUUUAAAAUGUGCCGAUUGCGGAGAGAGAUUAAGUGACAAAUGCUUUUCAAAAGGCGAAAACGUCUACUGCAAAGAAGAUUUCUUUAGCCGCUUUGGAACACGGUGCGCCGGAUGCGAUAAGGGAAUCCCACCAACUCAAGUCGUGAGACGGGCGCAGGAUAACGUUUACCAUCUGGAGUGUUUUGCCUGCAUGAUGUGCUCCAAUCAAUUGAACACGGGUGAUGAAUUCUACCUGAUGGACGAUAGAAAACUUGUCUGUAAAGCCGACUACGAGACUGCAAAAGCUCGCGAAUUCGAUCUGGAUAACGCGAAUAAAAGGCCAAGAACGACGAUAACAGCAAAGCAGCUGGAGGCUUUAAAGCGAGCUUAUCAGGAAUCUCCGAAACCGGCAAGGCAUAUUCGAGAACAAUUGAGUGCCGAAACUGGUUUAGAUAUGCGAGUCGUUCAAGUUUGGUUCCAGAAUCGACGGGCGAAAGAGAAACGACUGAAAAAAGAUGCUGGAAGACAACGUUGGACGCCUUAUUUCCGACGAGACGCUCAAUUAGAUGGGGGAAAUGGCGGGGAAGAUCGAACGGAUGAUACCAUGGAUGGAUUUGGAGAUGAGAUGGACGAGACGAUUCACUACGCUUCUGAUGGAUGGAUGCCCCCAAGAUUUGCUUUACCGGAAGCUCAAGUUUCCGGAAAUCCCGCACCAAUAGGACCAGCGCCACCAGCAUCUUCUAACGGCGACGCUUACAACUUUUCGGCGAAUCACGUGGAAGUUUAUUGA